AUGACCGUCGAGCACCAUCGCAAUCCCAGUCCUGGUCCUGACAGCUUCGGCGGCCCUCACAAGACCCUGGAAGCCCUCACGACAGCACCAGGCCGCCCAGGACAAGCAUACGUUCUCGAAUCCUCCUGCGGCGAGACGAUCUACAUCCCUUGCUCUCGAUCCGCGACUCGCCUUUUGGUGACGGGCAAAGAAAGCGACAACGCGUUCGCCGUCGUGGGCAGCGUCGGCUCGCAAUCCGCGCCCAUAGGCUUCCACUUCCACCGCGAAGCACACGACGUCUUUUUGUGUCUGAAGGGCCACGUGAAUGUCUGGGCCAACGACCAAUGCCGGACUCUUGGGCAGGGGGAUUUCGCAAGUGUCCCGCCCGGCGUCGUCCACCAGUACCAGAUCCUGGGCAACUACACCGAGUUUGUGGGCCUCAUCGUGCCAGGUGGUUGGGAGGAGUUCUUCAGAUUCAUUGGCGAGCCUUACAACGACGGGCCUUUGUACCCUUUGACCGACGACCGGAAUGUGUUUGAGGUGUUGAUUCCCAAACUAAAAGCUGCCGCCGAGAAAUUCGACAUGGUCCCCGUGCCGGAUCAUCCUGGCGUGGAGCCGCAACCGUGGGAAGUUGUUGACGAUGGAGACAACACACUGCCAGGCGCGUUGGAACCGUAUUUCCUUCGUGCGGGAUCUGGGCCGCGGUAUCUUCUAGGUGGCAUUGUCGCCAGUCCGUUGAUAACAACCCCGGAGUCGAACAACAGGUUCUCGAUCGGGAGUAUCGAGGGUUCUUCGUGGCACGAAAAACUUACUAGUAGCCCCGUAUCCGAAACGUUCACCUUCAACGACGUCCAUCAUGCAUUCCAAGUGGCAGACGGUAGCAUGACGUUCGCAUUGAACAAUGGCAGCGAUUCUGCAAACUUGAAUGUCGGCGAGACCAUUUACAUACCGGCCGGAACGUCGUUCAGCGUCAGAAUCAAGAGCCGAUAUGCAAAGGUAUACGCCUUCAUCAGCGGCGCCGGGAUCAUGGACUUGUUGUGCAAAGCUGGAAAGCCGUACCAUCAGCCCAUCCCUCCUGAAAAGGCGCAGGACUGGGACAGGGCCAGUUUGGAAGCGCUGCAGGCAGAGCUUAAAUUUCGUAUGUAA